AAUCGGCGUGUAGUAAAUAGUUCCGGGAAGGCCUUCAACUCAAAGCAGCGGUAGCCGAUUUAUGGACGAUUUGAUAACGUUAAUAUUUAGGGUUAUUUCACUUUAAUAAUGCCGUAUGCUAACCAGCCGACGGUGAAAAUAACAGAAUUGACUGACGAGAAUGUCAAAUUCGUCAUUGAAAACACCGACUUGGCGGUUGCAAACUCUAUCCGCCGCGUGUUCAUGUCAGAAGUGGCCACUAUAGCUAUCGACUGGAUCCAGAUCGAUGCCAACUCGUCAGUGCUGCACGAUGAGUUCAUCGCACACCGAGUGGGGCUCAUACCUCUCACAAGUGAUGACAUCGUUGACAAAAUGCAGUAUUCCAGGGACUGCACCUGUGACGAUUUCUGCCCGGAGUGUUCUGUAGAGCUGACGCUGGACGUUCGGUGUACCGAGGACCAGACGCGGCACGUCACCUCACGCGACCUUUUGUCCAACAACCCGAGAGUGAUCCCGGUGACGUCCAGGAGUCGAGACAAUGACCCCAACGACUACGUUGAACAAGAUGACAUUAUACUGGUGAAGCUUCGUAAGGGCCAGGAGCUGCGGCUCAGGGCGUACGCCAAGAAGGGCUUCGGCAAGGAGCACGCCAAGUGGAACCCCACAGCGGGGGUGUCCUUCGAGUACGACCCGGACAACGCACUGAGGCACACGGUCUUCCCGCGGCCCGAGGAGUGGCCGAAGAGCGAAUAUUCCGAGAUCGAGGAGGAUGAGGUCCAGGCUCCCUACGACCCCAACGGGAAGCCAGAAAGGUUCUAUUAUAACGUGGAGUCGUGCGGCUCGCUGCGACCGGAGACCAUCGUCAUGUCGGCGCUGGCCGUCCUCAAGAAGAAGCUGAGUGACCUGCAGACGCAGCUGAGCCACGAGAUCCAAAGCGACGUGCUCACCAUCAACUGAGGCCCAAAAGAACCGGUCCCGCAUUCGUUCUGAUUCAGCACCGCUCGGGGCCAAACCCACUGUUAACGGAAUUAGAUAGAUCCUCCCCCCAGAUACACACCAUGUAUCUGUCUGUUGACAAAAGAAAAUGUUUCAUCAUUUGAAGUCAACACUCAUUGUUUGGAUUCAGGUCCAUGUAACAAAUAUGAGAUUUCAGCACCAGCAGUGACUGUGACUAAAGUGGUGUGUGUUAGAACACAUGAUGUUCUCACAAAAAUACACAUUUGAGUUUGUUGUUGGUAGUGUUCUUCCAUUAUUGGAUUAUUAUUUUGCUAAAGCUAACUUUUUAAAAUAAAUCUGUCAUGAGGAACUUUGUAA